GGAAAGAGGCAGGCCUGCCGGCGACGAGCUAUCUAAUGUGUGUGAAGGGUUUAAGCGAGGCUCAGUGACUGUCCAUGCUCAGUGAAUGUCUAUGCUCCGUGACACCCCUCAACCAUCAUGUUUUCUUGAAUUUAUAAAUCCCACUGUGCUGACAGUGUCCUUCCCUGCUUCCAUCCUUCCUCCCAUGAGCAUCUCUUGGAGCACUUCUCAUUCAUUUGAGGUCUGUCUUUAUCCACAAAACUGCUGUCACUCUCACCUUCUUUAUCUUCUACUCCAGACUUUCUUUUUGUUUGCCAGUUUCCUGCGGACUGUGUCAACCAUGGCGCCUUGCUCCCAACCGGUCAGAUCUGAUGACAAAGAGAAUCAGACUGAUGCCAGCUUGGCAGCUCCAACCUGACUGAGAUCUUUUCAGACAACAGCUCUGAUAGUGACUCCACCAGUGACCCAGAACUUGAUAGUGAGGAUUCAGAUGAUGAAGAUGGAGAUGAAGCUGAUGUCUGAUGAUGAUAUCUUCAAUGAUGAGGGCCAGCUGCCUCAUGAACACUAUUUGGCUCAAGCAGAGAGCUUGAAUGUCUCUCAGCUUCAACAGAAGCGGUACAGCGAUGCCACUCAGGAAAGACUUGAUGAGACGCACAUGUACUGGAAUAGGUAGAUAACUCUCUUAGCCAUCAAAU